UCAUGUGCCAAAUAACUGAAUUAAUUAAAACAUACACGGAAUAAUCUGCUGCGGAUGUCUGCGAGAGCGAUGUGGCAUCGAGCGGCAAAGCUGCUUCUGUGUGCACGUUCACCAUGCAGGCCUGUGUACAGAGCUCAGAACGUCUCCUCAGGAAGGGACCGUGGACGAGAGGAGAAGCAGGAGGAGAGUGAGGCGGAAACGUACGCCUUGGUGUACAACCCGUCUGCUUACUACCAUUCCAGCGCAGAACACUCUGGGAACCUGAGGCAUUCGGGAACAGAAGAGGACGCCUCUCAGGGUGUCGUGGGUGCUGGGUUCAGACAGCAGAGUAAUAAGUAUUCUAUCAGCUCCUCGCGUGGAUUAUCCAGCUCUCAAAACAACCUGCCGAGUUAUUCUGGUAAUGAAGAAGCCGACAGUAAGAAUAAAUCUGUCAAUCCCAAAGAUUUGCAGGAGUAUCUAAAAAGAGACGCACGUAACUUUCAGAGGUGCAGACCUGAGUACCAGAAUAUUAGCUAUGAUCCGUCCUUGAGUCCACCUGCUCUCCCCAUCAAAGAUGGCCUGGUCCUGCUUCAUAAAGUAUCCCUAAUGAAAGGAAGCGUGCAAGCGUCUGAUAUAGCUCAUUUCCUUUGCAAGUUGGGCCAAGUUGAACCUAAGCAGAGUCCGGUGGUCAGAGGAAGCAUGCGGUUCUCCAUGCUUCUGCGAUACAGUGUGGAAAACCUGCAAAACUUUACCAACCUGGAGCUACUUGAGAUUCUCCAGGCUUUUGUGAGACUGGGAUUGUCCGGCUCUCAUAGUAAGCUAGGUUUGUAUGAGGCUGAAUUCUGCCGUCGGGCCGGUCACAUGGAUCUCCACCAGCUGCUGCUUGUGGCAGACCUGUGGCGCUGCCUUGGGCGGUCAGUGCCACGAUAUGUGGAGAAAUUAUGUGACUCUAUGAGCUGCCACUUUGGCCAGUUUGGUCCUGCAGAGCUGGUCCAGUUUCUGUAUAUACUAGGAGAGAGCAGACAAUGUCCUGCGUAUCUUUUACCAUCUGUAGAAGGCCUCAUCUUGCGCCAUCUAGACAAGUUCAAAGGUGAAGAAGUCGGUGCUGUUUGUUUGGGCUUGUUUAAAACUCAGAGUCCCGUCUCUAAUGCGGUAGCACGCCAGAUCGUUGACCGAGCGUGUGCCGUAGUUGAAGAAAUGUCCGAUUUCGGCUUAGUAAACGUCCUGAAGCUAAUGCGAUUUUGCCACAUGGACCACCUUCCAUGGUUAGAGGCUCUGAGCACAGAAGUACCCCGGCGUGCCCCACAGAUGGCGGUUCAGGGCUUGAUGCACGUGGCCUUGACUUGCUCUGCCUUGCAUUACCGUGAUGACCGAAUCCUCCUGGCUGUCGCAGAACACCUACCUCAUGUAGCCGCUUCUUACAGGAGCAAAGAUGCUGCUAAGCUCCUGUGGGCUUUCGGGACCUUGGGGGUCCAGCCCAGCAAGUGUCCGAGCCUCCACUCGCGACUCACCGAUGCUCUGCGUGAACGAGACUCCGAGUUCCGGAGCUACCCCGAACACCUUCUGACGGCGUUGCUAGGCUUGGCGUUUGUAGGCCAGUUCCCGCACGACUUGCUCAGCCUGGCUUUAAGCCCCGAAUUUAGUAACCAAGUCACGAGUACGCUGGAUUUAAAGAAAGACCUCUACACUCUGGACGGUACUGUGGAGUUAGAGUUACCGGGAUGGACGGGGCCACGGUUAAGUCUGGCAACCAGGGAAGAAGUAAGAAAGCAGCUGUGGGAAUUUGCUCAGGCUGAGUUGGGUCAGAGACCAGAAGUUUUGGAGGCAGAAUCUGUCCUGCAGGAGUUGCUAGGAGGGAAGAAAUUUGUUCGCAAGAGAAUGAUUCUACCUCACAUGCGCUCUUUAGACCUUGAAUUGCAGUUGGAUCCCAGUGAACAACCUCAGCCUGUUGCAUAUCAGCCCCACAUGAACUCCACUCCGGGGUCAUCAUGGCCUCACGGUUGGGAAGGCGGAUGCACCGGGGUGACCCUGACGGACGACCUGCUGGCCCAGCUAACCAGUGGCAAAAGACCCUCAGCCGAAAGUACCGACGCGCCGUCUCAGCAGCCAGUCCUGCGCCCGGUGGAGGGAGCCGCCAAAAGAGAAGCCAUCUUGAGCAUCGGCGUGGACUUGACGGAGGACCUCAUGCAUGCUCUGACGAAACCUCGCGACCGUUCUUGUUCCGGCGCUGGACAGCCCACAGCACCACCGACGGUCCGUCGGCUCGCGGUUCAGAUCACCAGCAGGAACAACUACUGUUACAGGACUCAGCAGUUACUCGGGCUCCACGCGAUGAAGAGGAGGCAGCUGGUACUGGCGGGGUAUACAGUGGUCGAGGUGCCACACUGGGAAUGGUUUCCACUGCUCCGACGCUCGCUGUCUGAGAGACUCGCUUACAUGCACUGCAAAGUUUUUAGUAGUUACGACUCUAAAGUAAGGAAAAGAAAAUGAUGUCUAAUAAAGCGCAUUUGAUUAUCCGUGCA